CUGGUUGGUAGUAAGUGUGUGAUCUUUGGUGGAAGUGAUGAUGGUGAAUGCUUCAGUGAUCUUUACAUUUUGGAUUUAGAAAAUCUUGCUUGGAUUCAAGUGGAUGUAAAUUUGCCUAUGCCAAGAUUAGCACAUGCAUCAACCCAAGUCCGAUAUCAUUCAUUCAUCAUUGGAGGUCAUGAUUGA